AUGCAGAAAGAAGCCGAGCUUUGUUUUCCACAACUCCUCAACAGCUCCUGCAGGAAGCCAACAUUUCACUGGUCCAAAGCUGUGCUGCUGAACACUGUGCUGUGCUGCAUCUCUCUGCUCACUGCUGCUCUAAACCUUCUCGUCAUCAUCUCAGUCUCUUACUUCAGGCAGCUUCACACACCCACUAACAUCCUCCUCCUUUCUCUGGCUGUCUCAGACUUUCUCACUGGUCUCCUUAUGCUGCCACUAGAAAUAAUUAGAAACACGGCCUGCUGGGUACUUGGUGAUCUUAUGUGUUCUGUUUAUACUUAUCUGACAGCCGGUCUUUUCUGUGCUUCAACUUGGAACAUAGUUCUCAUUUCAGUUGACCGCUAUGUAGCUAUUUGUCACCCUCUUCAUUACCCCACCAGAAUUACCGUGGCAAGAGUCAAACUCUGUGUUUGUUUGUGUUGGUUUUGUUCAACCUUCUACGGCAGUCUUUUAACAAAGGAUGUUCUAAUUAAGCCGGCCAGGUAUAAUUCCUGUUAUGGAGAGUGUGUGUUUGUCAUUAAUGAUAUUGCACGGUUUAUUGAUCUUGUGUUAUCUUUUAUUUUUCCAGUAUCUGUUAUCAUAGUUCUUUAUAUGAGAGUGUUUGUGGUGGCUGUGUCUCAAGCUCGUUCCAUGCGCUCUCAUGUUACAGCUGUCACACUUCAGCGUUCAAGCAAUCAAGCAAACAAAUCUGAACUGAAAGCAGCCAGGAACCUUGGAGUUCUUGUAGUUGUGUUUCUCGCAUGUUACCUUCCGUUUUACUGUUACUCUCUUAUUGAAGUAAAUGUGAUCAAUGACUCAUCUACAUUUUUUCUGAUCAUUGUGUUUUACUUUAACUCGUGUCUAAACCCACUGAUGUAUGCCCUUUUUUACUCUUGGUUUAGAAAUGCUGUUAAACUUAUUAUCACUCUGCAGAUUUUUAAGCAUGACACUAGUGAAGCAAACAUGUUUUAA